UCAACAUUCUAUCUUCUAUUAUAGGUGAAUAGACAACAUGAUGUCACGUCUCUGUCUACUCAUACUCUUCCUUGGCAUUGUUCGAUUUGGUGAUUGUGGAAAUGACGUAGACUGCAGUACACCGAGCGCACCUGGUUCCGAUAAAACUAGUAUGACAGUUGGCGAUUUAUUCUUACCCGGGUCUCACAAGUCUAAUUGUACGAAUAACAAUAACAAAAACUUGGAAGAAACUACCACUAGCAUUAGCAGCAAUGUCCACCAUGACAGAAUAAAAGCAAGCAUCCAAAAAGCAUAUACAGGAUUAGCGAUUUUUCCAGGAACAAAAUGGUGCGGCGCUGGAAAUAUUGCCAAAAACGAAUCUGACCUCGGCCGUUCAAAUGAGACGGACGCCUGUUGCAGGGCGCAUGAUAAUUGCAAGAGUGAUAUCUUAGCCGGUUGUACACUGGAGAAUCUCAUAAAUAAUGGUCAUUUUACGAGAUCAGCUUGCAUUUGUGAUCAUGCAUUCUACGACUGUCUCGCGAAGGUUGGCAGCAUAUCUAGUGAAAUUAUCGGAAACACAUAUUUCAAUAUAUUGGGACCGCAAUGCUACGAGUGUAUAUGCCCGGAAAACAAUUGCGAUCCCAAGACUGAUCCCACGAGUUGCGAAGGUAAUUGCACAAAGUAUCAAUGGUUUGAUAAUUCCAAGUUUCCAAUAUUCAAAAUAAUGAAAGAAAAGAGGAAACAAUUGAAGAACGAAAUAGAAGAAAAGAGGAAACAAUUGAAGAACGAAAUAGAAGAAAAGAUAAAACAAUUGCAGAACUCGUUCCCUAUAUCGAUGAGUAAUCCGAGUAAUCAUAUUAUGUUUUAAUCGCACGUAAGAUUUUUAAAAUUGUGUAAUCUUCGCACUUUUACAUAUAGUUUGUUAUUUAUUUUGAUAUGUUUUUCUUAACAUAGCAAUUAUA